AACGAAGCGACGGUGAGGCUCUAGUCGUCGAGUUCCCGAGUCCACUGCAGCCCACGUUGUGUGCUCCCUCUCCACACCUCCGCCGCUUCCGCCUCCCACUGCCCAUGCACCCCUCCGCGGCGGCCACCGCCGCCUUCCUCGCCCCCGCCGUUGCGGUCUCCAACCGCCUGGUUCCGUUCCGGCGGGCGAGGUGCUUCACUGUACGCUCCGUCGCCUCCCCACCCGUCCCCAAGCCCGCAUCCUCGCCCUCCAAGACUGGCAAGUGGCAAUGGACGUUUGAGGAUAAACCAGUAAGCGUUUACUAUGAGGAACAUGCACAGGAGUCAGUUGAGAAUGUGAAGAACAUCCUUAUGAUCCCUACAAUUUCCGAUGUUAGCACAGUGGAGGAAUGGAGGGUGGUUGCCAAAGAUAUUGUGAAACAGAAAGGAGAGAUCGGUUACCGUGCUACUAUUGUUGAUUGGCCUGGUCUGGGUUAUUCAGACAGGCCUUCACUGAACUAUAGUGCCGAUGUGAUGGAGAAUUUUCUGGUUCAGCUACUGAAUUCACCAAAUAGUCCCGUGGCAGAUUCAGAUGGUGAAUUGGUAGUUGUUGGAGGUGGGCAUGCAGCAACGAUAGCAGUCCGUGCUGCUGGGAAGGGCCUCAUCAGGCCAUCUGCUAUUGCUGCUGUUGCACCUACUUGGGCUGGACCACUCCCCAUUGUAUUUGGCCGAGGUUCUGAUAUGGAAACAAGGUAUGGGCUUCUACGAGGAACACUCAGGGCCCCAGCUAUCGGCUGGAUGAUGUACAAUGUGCUGGUGAGCAAUGAGAAGUCCAUACAGUCUCAGUACAAGUCCCAUGUCUACGCGAACCCUGAGAAUGUAACUCCGGAUAUUGUCGAGAGCCGCUACGAGUUGACAAAAAGAAAAGGCGCUCGAUAUGUCCCUGCUGCCUUCCUGACGGGCCUUCUUGACCCUGUCCAAUCCAGGGAAGAAUUCCUGCAGCUGUUUGCUAAAUUGGAUGGAGAUAUCCCAGUUUUAGUGGUAUCGACUUCAAAUUCUCCCAAGAGGUCGAAGGCCGAGAUGGAGGCUCUCAAGGGCGCCAAAGGCGUGACCAAAUUUGUGGAGGUUCCGGGCGCGCUUCUGCCGCAGGAAGAAUAUCCCUUGGCAGUUGCAGAGGAACUCUACGACUUUCUGCAGGAAUCAUACUCGUCAAUAAGAUGAAUUGCGACAUGUGCGGAAAACCACGCCGGAGUAAAGCCCCACACACUGACAUACACAUACCAUUAUCAUCUUUCUCCAGUGAAUCCAUCGACGUGCCAUAUUGUACUGGACUACUGGAGCUUUUAGUAACAGCAAAGCAUCAUCACUUCCUGAGUACCACAACACAGCCAAGCCUGUUUUUGACAGAACAGGCUAUACAUGCGUACAGCUUCAACUUGUGUAAAGUAUACCGCCCUGACCAAUAAUUGCAGUUCACUCCUAGGCGCA